UCAGUUGCUGUUCGAGUGUGCGACCCGUUAGUAGAGAGUGAGAAGCGCAUAGCGUCACCUCACCCCCAGCCCUCGACCGAAGACUUGGUGUGUGUGUGUGUGUGUGGCUUUAUAGCACUAGUGUAUGUGCAAAAGUGUGUGUGUGUGUUUUCUCUACUCAAAAAAGAGUUGUGUGUGUGUAGAGUUCUCCACCCUUGGUUUUAUUGUAUAACGUCGUCCAAGGGCUUGCAACAAACCCCACAAAAAAGAAGAGAAAACUCGUGUGUGUGUGUGUGCCGUCUCCAGUUGUUGGCAGACUUUUAUUUGAGACGCAGGCGGCCAUUGUGUGUGAUUUCGUGUUUGAAAAAGAUUUUGGUGCUGCUGUGAUGACUGGGUCGUCUAGACGCAACUAAAGUGCAUCAUGGCCAGUGCAAAACAAAAGUGUCCGGCAUCAUCAUCAUCAUCGGUCUGGCCGCUGCUUCACCUUUGGCUGCUGUGCGCCUCAGUGGGCGGAUUGGCCUCGGCCGCCGGCCCGAUCGUGGCCACUUUCAGCGAACCGACGGGCAAUGGCGGCCACCGGCUCCAGCAUCUCGUCGUCGACAAGCACAGCGCCCUCGUCUACAUCGGCGGAGUCAACCGACUCUACCAGCUCUCACCUGAGCUCGAACGCCAGGUGACGGUCGAGACCGGACCCAGGGAGGACAGUCCAGAAUGCCCGGCCGUCGACUGUCUCGGCUCGGUCGUCAAACGACUCACCGACAACGUCAACAAGGCCCUCGUCAUUGAUUACACCGACACUCGACUCAUUGCCUGUGGCACUUUAUACCAAGGCAUUUGCAGCGUCAGAAAUUUGAAAAACAUCAGCGAAGAAUUGAUGGAAGUGAGGGAACCGGUGGUGGCCAACAAUUCAACGGCCACGACGGUGGUUUUCAUUGCUCCCGGGCCGCCCAAUCCGCCCAGCACUCACGUCCUCUACGUCGGUGUGACGUACACGGGCAAUUCGCCGUACAGGUCGGAAGUGCCGGCCGUCUCUUCUCGUUCGCUGGCCCGUCACGAAAUGUUCCAGAUCGCCAAGAUGGAGGUGACGACGGGCACGCGCAUUUCCGUCAAUUCCUUGUCGCGGGACCGCUACCCCAUCCACUACGUUUACGGAUUCUCGUCGGAAGGAUUUUCCUAUUUCCUGACGACGCAGAUGCGCGAAUCGACCAACAAUUCGCCGUACAUUUCCAAGUUGGUCCGCGUGUGCCAGGACGACCGCGACUACUACUCGUACACGGAGGUGCCGCUCGAGUGCGUGGCCGACAACGGCACCCGCUACAAUCUCAUCCAGGCCGCCUACGUCGACAAACCCGGGUCGGAUCUGGCGGCCGAGCUGGGCAUCCGCGCCCAGGAUGACGUCCUAUUCGCCGUUUUCGCCCAGUCUGACCCGGCCGAAGGCGGAGAAAUGAGCAACCGUCCGGCUGCCCGUUCUGCCCUGUGCGUCUACUCGUUGAAAUCCAUCCGCCGUAAAUUCAUGCACAACAUUCAAAAGUGUUUCAGCGGCGAGGGACACCGCGGACUCGAUUUCAUCUCGCCCAGCCUUCCCUGCGUCCAUACGAAAUUGCAAACGAUCGGAGAAGACUUUUGUGGUCUGGACGUCAACACACCGUUGGGCGGUGGCGAGCCGGUGAUUGAACGGCCCGUCUGCACCAUGAACAACGUCCUCCUGACGGCCGUGGCCGCCACAUCGACUGGUGAUUUCACCGUCGUCUUUCUCGGAACGUCAAAGGGACAUUUGAAAAAGGUGGUGGUGGAGAACGUCAAAGGAGAUGGAGGCGGCCGAGGAGCUUUCGAGUACGGCGACAUUACCGUCGACGAAGGCAGUCGAGUCUCAUCCGAUCUCGUCUUUGAUCCGCAGCGGAUGCACCUCUACGCCAUGACGGAGCGCAAGGUGACGAAAGUUCGGGUCCAGGAUUGCGGCAUCUAUAAAACGUGUGGCGAAUGUCUAGGAGCCAGGGAUCCCUACUGCGGUUGGUGUUCGCUGGACAACAAGUGCAGUUUGCGGAGCGAUUGCCAAGACGCGGCCAAGGAUCCGCUCUACUGGAUCUCUUACAAAAGCGGAAGAUGCACCACCAUUACUUCCGUCACGCCCAACCAGCUCCAGCGCACCACGGCUCGCACGCUCUCGUUGGUGAUCGACAAUCUGCCGACGCUGUCUGGCCAAUUCCAGUGCGCCUUUUCGGCUUUUGGCAAGACGCUGUUGACGAACGCCACCCGGACGGCCAACGGAGUCAGCUGCACCACACCUCGCACGGAUCACAUUCCGGCCAACCCUCCUGGACAACAUCAUUUCACGGCUAAACUGUCGGUGCGGAUGACGACGGGCCCGGAUUUCGUGGCCACCAAUUUCACCUUUUUCGACUGCACCACGUACACGUCGUGCACGGAAUGCGUUUCCUCGUCCUACCCGUGCGACUGGUGCGUCGACGGACAUCGGUGCACUCACGACACGGCCGAAAAUUGUCGCAACGACAUCCUCGUCACCGGCGUCAACCGAAUCGGGCCGAGCAUCCGCAGUGGGCCGGGCUUCUGUCCUCGAAUCAACGCGACGGCCAGCGUCUCGACUGAGAUCCUCGUCUCGCACGGCAUCAAGAAGAGCAUCAAAGUCAAAGUGGAGAACAUUGCCCAGUUUAUCGUCCAGACCAAUUUCGUCUGCCAGUUCAACAUCGAGGGCCGGGUCACUCACGUGCGCGCCCAGCUCCUCGGCGACAUCAUCUACUGCGACGACAUGGAGUUCACCUACUCGUCGAGGGCGCCCAACAUCACGGCCACGUUCGCCGUCAUCUGGGGCGGAUCCAAACCGCUCGACAAUCCCGACAACGUCCACGUUCUCAUCUACCGAUGCCGGGAAAUGGCCGACAAUUGCGGACUCUGCCUGGCCCUGGCCGACAAAUAUCUCUGCGGAUGGUGCCAGACUUCCGACAAGUGCGAAGUGAGGGAGCAAUGCGAUCGCAGUGGAAUCGGAGGAUCCGUUUCGGUGGCCACCGGAGCUCCUUGGCUGGAUCGAGAUCAAAUUUGUCCAAAUCCCGAGGUGAAACGUUUCGACCCACGUCUCGGCCCGUGGGAAGGCGGCACCAACGUGACGAUCGAGGGCGUCAAUCUCGGCAAGACGUUUGACGACAUUGCCGGAGGCAUCACGGUCGCCGGCAUGCCCUGUCACCCCUACGAGGAGCUCUACGUUCAAACACGACGCAUCGUCUGUCUGGUGGACAGCCCCAAGAACAGCGACACCCGACGGGGGCCCGUCAUCGUCCGAGUCUCCAAUUUUAAAGGCGAAUCGGCCGACUAUUACGAAUUUGUCAAUCCCGUCAUCGAGUCGAUCCACCCGACUCGCGGCCCGCUCUCUGGCGGCACCCAGUUGGUCAUCCGCGGACAAUUUAUGAACGCCGGCAGCUCCAUUCAGGCCGUCAUCGAUCCGUCGCUCGACUGCGCCAUCACGUCGACCAACUCGAGUCACGCCGUGUGCCGGACCAGCGCCUCCAAUCGACUCCGCAGCGGCGAACUGCAAAUGUCGUUUGACCGCGGCGUCCGCCGCUACACCCGUCAAAUGUACCAGUACGUCGAGGAUCCUACCAUCGAGUACGCCGAGUCGGGUGUUGUCAGCCAAGUUAAAGUGCCCAAGGGCGUCCCUUCGGGCGGAAUUAUCAUCUCGGUGGCCGGCAACAAUUUGGAAUACAUUCAGGAACCCAAGAUGUUUGUUCGCUACCGGGACGUGGUUCAUUCCAGCAGUUGCCAGGUGCUCUCCAAUCAGCGGAUGGAGUGCCGCUCGCCCGCCGUUCCCGUCCUGGGCCAGCAAAUUUCACCAGAGGAGCCCAUGUCUCUCGACUAUGGAUUUCUCAUGGACGACGUGCCGUCGGUCAGGAAUCUCUCGCACUCGCCCAACUACCCGAAAUUCCUGCUCUACCCCGAUCCCGUCUACGAGAAAUUCGACGAGGAAGUCAAAUAUUACAAGAGCGACUACCUCACCAUCAACGGCAUCAAUUUGGAUCGAGCCUGUCAGGAAAAUGACGUGGAGGUGACGAUCGGCACGGCCCCGUGCAACGUGACUUCACUUUCUCGCAAUCAACUGACGUGUCGUCCUCCGUCGGCCCAACCGCCGGCGACGGGCGCCAACCCGGGUGACGCCCCCGAAGUGGUGGUGGUGGUGGGCCGCAGCUUGCGCUACGUCAUCGGCAAAUUGAGCUACGAUUCGCCCAACAGUGGUGAGGGCCAGCUGCCCAAAUCGGUCAUCAUCGGCGUGACGAUCGGCUGCGGAUUGCUCAUUUUCGUCUUCAUUUGCGUCGUCAUCGCCUACCGGCGCAAGUCGACCGAGAGCUCACGAGUCCUCAAAUCCAUGCAGGAGCACAUGGAUCAGCUGGAGCUCCAGGUGGCGGCCGAGUGCAAGGAGGCCUUUGCCGAGCUCCAGACGGAGAUGACGGAUCUCACGUCCGACCUGACUUCCGGCGGAAUUCCAUUCCUCGACUAUCGCACCUACGCCAUGAAGAUCCUCUUCCCGUCGAUGGAGGAGCACACGCUGCUCCAGUGGGAGCGGCCCGACAUGCUGCGCAAGGACAAGCCCCUCAGGCUCUUUGGCCAGCUCCUCAUGAACAAGACGUUCCUGCUGCUUUUCAUCCGCACGCUAGAGAGCAACCGCUACUUUUACAUGAGGGAUCGCGUCAACGUGGCCUCGCUCAUCAUGGUGACGCUGCAGAGCAAGAUGGAGUAUUGCACCGACAUUCUCAAGACGCUGCUGGCCGAGCUGAUUGAGAAGUGCAUGGAGGGCAAGAGCCAUCCGAAAUUGCUGCUGCGCCGGACCGAGUCGGUGGCCGAGAAGAUGCUGUCGGCCUGGUUCACCUUUCUGCUGUACAAGUUCCUGCGUGAGUGCGCAGGUGAGCCUCUCUACCUCCUCUUCCGGGCCAUCAAGCACCAGGUGGACAAGGGCCCGGUGGACUGCGUCACCUCGGAGGCCCGCUACUCGCUGUCGGAGGAGAAACUGAUCCGGCAGUCGAUCGACUACAAGAUUAUGACCGUCUACGUGUCGAUUUCGCCGCAGACGAUCUACGUCAGCGGCCUGGAGGCCCACACGGACAACACGGACACGCCCGUCAAGGUCCUCGACUGCGACACGAUCGUCCAGGUCAAGGACAAGGCCCUGGACACGAUCUACCGCUCGACGCCCUACAGCCAGCGCCCGCGCAAAGAGGAUCUCGACUUGGAGUGGCGGACGGGCACGUCGGGCCGGCUGGUCCUCUACGACGAGGACUCGACCUCCAAAGUGGAGGGCGACUGGAAGAAGCUCAACACGCUGGCCCACUACCGCGUGCCGGACGGCGCCUUAUUGACGCUCAUCCCCAAACAGUCGUCCAUGUACAACCUGUCGAUCCUGUCGGACCAGCACCGCGGCGGAGGUGGCGGAGCGGCCGACAAGGGCCACCACCACAAAUACGAGACGCUCAACCUCAACCUGUCCAAGUUCAGCUCGGCCAGUCCGCCCAUGAGCCGGGCCACGUCGCCCAUGAACCACCACCACGGCGAUCGGAGUCACGGCGGUGGUGGCGGCCACGGGACCCACGACCGUGGCGGCGACCAGGAUCCCAGCGUCAAGGUGUGGCACCUGGUCCGGCACCACGACCACGACAACAGCCGCAAGGACGGCGACCAGCGGGGCAACAAAAUGGUGUCUGAGAUCUACCUGACUCGACUCUUGUCGACUAAAAUCACGUUGCAAAAGUACGUGGACGAUCUCUUCGAGACGAUCUUCAGCAUCGCCAAUCGCGGCUCGGCCCUCCCUCUGGCCAUCAAGUACAUGUUCGACUUCCUGGACGACCAGGCCCUGCAGCACGGCAUCACCGAUCCCGAGGUGGUGCACACGUGGAAGUCCAACAGCCUGCCGCUCCGCUUCUGGGUCAAUUUGAUCAAGAAUCCCAAUUUUGUUUUCGACGUUCACAAGUCCAACAUUGUCGACUCGUGUCUCUCGGUCGUCGCCCAGACGUUCAUGGACUCUUGCUCAACUUCCGACCACAGACUGGGCAAGGACUCGCCCAGCUCCAAGCUCCUCUUCGCCAAAGACAUUCCCGUCUACAAGGAAUGGGUCGAGCGAUACUACGCCGACAUCAAGACGAUGGCGGCCAUUUCGGAUCAGGACAUGAACGCCAUGCUGGCCGAAGAGUCGCGCCAGCACACGGUCGACUUCAACGUCAACUGCGCCCUGCAGGAAUUGUACAACUACGCCGACCGCUACUACGAGCAGCUCAUGAUGGCACUCGAGGAGGACGAAUUUUCGCAAAAGCAACGACUGGCCUAUCGACUGGAGCAAGUGCGAAAUCUGAUGGCAGCCGAAAUGGGCAGCCCCUGAAAAUAACAAAACAAAAGAUCCUCCUCACCACCACCACCAACCUUGAAAGAAAAACCAAAACCUCAAGAAAAAUAAUGCGUUUUUUUUCCUUUGAUUUCGCUUGACCUCCAUCUUUAUUCUUAUAUAUCUUGGCCGGAGCAGAGCGAGAUGCGCAAACAUAAAAAAAAAGAAAACAAGAGGACUAUUCCUAUAUAUCGUCUGUUUCGAUUCGAGUCAAAUUUUGUUAGCCCCCCCUCCCAACCUCCCUCACACCCCCUAUUUUUAAAAAAAGUGGCUAUUUAAAUAGGCAAUAAUAAUAAUAAAAAAACCAAUAUAAGCCGUUUCAUUAUCAUGUGGAUGUCAAAGAAUCCAAUCGGCUUGAAUCGUUUGCACCUCCUUUGAUUUUUUCAUCAUUCCUCUCCCCCGUCGUCCUACCUCCCUCCCCCUCCUCCCACUAUGGACCAAUCCUAAAAAGUAGCAAAGACUUUCCACCGCUUCACCAUCUUCUUGAAUGGCGUAUGACAUCAUUGAAACAGAAUCUUAAAACAAAAAAGAUCGUUUUUUUUUUUUUUUGGUUUCAUUUCUUUUCUGUGCAGCGUGAUUUACCCAAAAUCUCUCUCUUAUAUAUAUCCUCGCAGAUGAAAAUUUCACUCCCAAACCAAUCAGGAUAUCAUUUUUUUGUUUUCAAUUUUUUGCCCCUUUCUCCCAUUGUUCCCAAUUCAAUUUUUUUUUACAUAACUUUAAGAGCGUGCUUGCUGUAUAUAUAAAAAAAAACAUGUGACUGUGUACUGCGAAUGUACGUGUGAUCUUGUCCCAUUAUUAUCACAUCCGCCAGCGUUUUUCCUCUUUUUUUUUUAUUUCGCUUAAUUCCUCAAUUUGUUUUUGUUGUUCAAUCGCUGCCUGUCCAUGUGAAGCUCAUUGAUUUGAUGCUGUCGUCAUUCGGUUGCCGAUCGAGUCGAAAAAACGGUGAUAUUUCUCUCGAUCACGCGAGACUGACAGUCGAUCAAGUGACACUUGAUGUUGGACAUUGGAGGUCAACCCCAUUUGACCGCAUUCCGAAAAAACGAAAAGACAGACAGACAAUAACAGACUCGAUUUGAAAACGAUUUGACGAGAUGGACGCAGCGACCAGACGUGCGAGUGUUUUGUUUCUUUUCAUUGUUUUUUUUUGUCCUCCUUUUUAAAAAUUCUCUCGUGUUUUCAAGUUCAGAUGCAUUGCGACGACCACCUGUUUUCUUGUAUACAAGUGUACAGUGAAAAAUUGCAUUCUUUAUACAUAAGUCCGUCGAAAAUCA